UUAAUAAUAACAAUGAGUGUUUUAAGAGAAAAAGUAGACACGAUCAGUAACAAGCCUCUGCCAUCAGUAAAACCGAAAAUUAUUUCGCCAGAUGAUGUGUUGAAAUUAACUAAAAUUACUGAUACAUAUUUAUGUGAUCCCGAUGCAAACAUUUACGAAAUUGACUUUACACGCUUUAAAUUACGGGAUUUGGAAAGUGGAGCAAUACUUUUUGAAAUUGCCAAACCUGUACCCGAGAAUAUUGAUGAUAAUGCUGAGAAAAACACUGAGAAUGAAGAGAUUCUAGAUCCCAAUGCUGGUAGAUUUGUGCGGUACCAAUUUACCCCACAGUUCUUAAAAUUAGCUACUGUUGGAGCAACGGUUGAAUUUACUGUUGGAAGUAAACCUGUCAAUAAUUUUCGAAUGAUAGAGCGCCACUUCUUUAGGGAUAAAUUAUUAAAAACCUUUGAUUUUGAAUUUGGAUUUUGUAUACCUUAUUCAAGAAAUACUUGCGAGCAUAUUUAUGAGUUUCCUACAUUAGCUCCUGAACUAGUUAAUGAUAUGAUAGAUAAUCCAUUUGAAACAAGAUCAGAUUCUUUUUAUUUUGUGGACAAUUGUCUUAUAAUGCAUAAUAAGGCUGACUAUGCUUAUAAUGGUGGUAUGUCAACAUAACAUUAAAUUUUGUAAACAGGGUUUUACAACAAUAAUAUUGUCUAAAUUUUUGACUUUGAGAUAAAUUUACACAAGUAUGUUAAGCAAUUGUAUGUACAAGCAUACAAAUGGGUUUAGAUACUAUUAAAAAGGACUUUUUAAUUCAAAAUAUAGAUAAAAACUGUUUAAAAUUGUAUUAGCAGAUCAACUACAUUUGUUAUAUGCUUGUACAUGAAACUAAGUUAAGAAUUUGGUAACAGGAAAAUUCAUUGAAUAUUGAAUAAAAUAAACUAAUAUACUUAAUAAUUUUUUUUGUUAAAUUUGCAACAUUUGAAUGGUUAUUUAUGGAAUAGCUUAAAAGGACAUAUGUGGAAAAAGAAAAAUAUAUAUUUAUUCUAUUAUUAAAUACAAUAAAUUAAAGUUAACAAAGUUUUCCAUCUUUCAACUUUACUCAAAAAUGUACCUAUAAUUUUGAAAUUUCAAAUAAGUUCUUGACUUAUACAACUUUAUUAUAAUAAAAUAAUUUUCCAAUUUAAAAUAUGAACUUUCCUGUAACCUGAGAUGCAUUUAAUUUAACACAAAUUUUAAGCACGGACACUGCUUUAAGAAAGAUAUUCACGUGGUGCGCUUGAUUGAGAUUAUUUAGAAGAGUUUACGAUAAUUAUAGAGCUUUUAUCAUAAAAUACGUACUGACAACUAUCAUUCUAUUUAUAUAUUUAUGUUUAUAUUUUUUAUAAAAAAAAAUUCCAGUGAAUAAUUAAAUAUGUGAUAAAAAAAUUUGUUAAUUGAAAUUGGUGCAUUAAUCAAAAACUGUUUGUCGAAUAAACAUUUUUUAGCAUAAUUAAAUGUAUAUACAUUACUGUCCAAAUGUUUGGUAUGAAUCAAAUUUAUUUUUAUUAAAAAUUGUACAAUAACUAGUUUUGAUAAAUAUUUGGAGUGUACUCCAUCCUAUUUAUGGUCAUAAAAAGUGAAAAAAUUAAUAAUUCCAAUAUUUUUGUUCAUUUUUUCCGCACUUUUAAAAUAAAUAUAAGAAAAACAAAAUUUCUACACUUUUUCAACCAAUAAAUUACCGGAUUUUGUCUCAGAAAACUGUUCUUUUUUAACAAUAUAGUAUUUUUUCAGAAAAUACAUAUAAAAACAAACAAUUUGGGAAAAAACCCAACCUAACCUUGUUUGGAAGUGGAGUCCACCCUAUUUGUAUAUGUAGUUAGCUACAACUGAAAUUUGUUUGGCAACAGAUGUACUGUAAACCAGUGUAAUAGUCUUCUACUUCAUAUAAUUAAUCUUCCUUACAUGUAGUUCUAGACCCUUUUUGCUCAAUCCUUAAUUGCUUUUGAGGCUUUUUACACUUUUUAUUAUCUACAGAUGCCAAUACUUGAACGUCUAUGUUAUCUCUACAUUGCAUGCUAUUCUUUUUCUCAAUCUGUAAAAGAUUGUAUCAUGUAAAUCAUUGAUUGUAUUAAUGGUAAUAUCAUUUCUACAUACAGUUGUCUCCCGUUUUUGCCAUUUCUUUCCUGAUUAUUAUUCUCUCCACAUUAUUUCAAUACCUUUUUUAUCUUAUGAUAUACUUUUGCAUAUAUUGAAUGAAAACACAUUUGCUGAAAACUUUUGGACUGUAGUGUAUAAAAAAAUUCAAAUGGUUGGGUACUUUCAUAUUAUUAUAUAUAAGGAAAAAAGAGUGACAAGGGCAUUUUUUUAAGAUUAUAUUUAUACUUCUGGCAAAAGUGAACUUUUUGUACAGAGUGAUUCAUAAAGAAUAUCUUAAACUGGAUAUUAUAGCAUUCAAAAUAUGACGAUAACAAUAUUAAAGAUUUCUGCUGCUUAUAAUUGAAAUUUGGUUUUUGAAUUUUAUCUGUUUCAGUAGUUUUCAGAAUUAAUUAGUUCGAUGUUGUUUUCAAGAAUUUCAUAUUUUUUUAUCUAUGAAGAAUAUAAAAAAGUAUAUGAAUGAUCAAUAUAGUAAAACAACUUUCUUUUGAUUAAUUUUAUUCAAGGUUGGUUCACUACAUAACAACUACAUACUGAACACACUGUUUACACUGCCACUACACCAACACAUAAUUUCACUGUAUGAUGCACAUUUCGACAACCAUGUGUCAGACAGUGUAAUUGUUAGUGUUGGUGUAGUGGCAGUGUAAACGGUAUGUUCAGUAUGAAUUUUACCAUUGGUUCUAAAAAUUCUAACAGCAGACAUGAAAAAAUACUGAAAAUAUUAACAACCACCUACAAAGCACAGGUUUUAAAAUCAAAUAACUCAAAAAUAGAUGAAUUUUCAAAUAAUCUCAGAAUUAAUUGAAAAAAUAUAAAAACUAAUUUAAUAAUUCAAUCGUUUCGAUAAAAAAUUAUAUUUUUGUUUAAAAUUUACAUACUAAACCGAAUAUAACUACUAUUAGAUUUUUUUAGUAAUUCAAAAAAUAUUUACUUUCAUAAUAAUAUAAUUUCAUUAAACAAUUUUUUUAAAAUAUAUAUGUUACAGUUAACCCAUUCCAUUAAAACUUAUUUUCACUAGUAAAAAUUAGUGUUGACCAAUACCCUCAGUGUUAAAACUAGUGUUUUUUUUUACAUUUUCACUAGGAAAUACUAGAAUUUCAUCGUUUUUUCUCAUUUAAUAGAAUUUUCAGUUGAAACUAGCUUUCACUGAGGAAUUCUACUAAUAAAAAAUAGUGAUUCCAAUUAAAAAAUUUGUUCAAAUUUUAUUCUAGUAGAACACUAAAAAGUCAAAAUAUUUUAAAUACACUUUUGUGGCAUAUAAUUUUUUGUACAAACUGCGAUUAGAGACACAAGGAGCAUGUUACGAAACCUUGCCAUCCACCUUGAGCUAGUGGAUGAUUUUUUUCACUAGCACUAUGAAGAGAUAAAGUUGUAUCUGGGACUCCAUCCAAUGGUAGAAGUACCUCCGUACAAUACAAUUUUAACACGGACUAUAAAAUUUUAUUUCAAUUGAUACUAGUUUUCACUACCAACUAAGAAGAUGCAGUUAACUCUAGUUCGAUUAGUAAAAACUAGUUUCAACAACUAAAGAUGGUUAGAACUAGUUUUUCCUAGUAAAAACUAAAAUUAACUGGAAACAGGUUUUAACUAUAAUAUAUAUAUAUAUAUAUAUAUAUAUAUAUAUAUAUAUAUAUAUAUAUAUAUAUAUAUAUAUACAUUUACAAAUAAUAAAUCCUCCAGUUUUGCACUAGAGCUCCAAAAUGGUUCCGAAGUAAAAUAAUAAUUUUUUAUUUUGCUGGCAUGUAGGAAUCUUUGAAAUAAUUUCUCGUUCAAAUUUGUUAGCAAAUUUUUACUUGAAGUGUACAAUAAAUAGUUUCUGAGGUACAGGAAAUUA